UUAAAAUGUUAAAAUUAUUUUACAUAUUAAUAUGUUAUUUCAUAACACACUCUCAUGGACUGGAUAAUGGAUUAGCUCUUACACCACCGAUGGGCUGGUUAUCUUGGGAACGUUAUCGUUGUACAAUUGAUUGUAAAAAUUAUCCAACAGAAUGUAUUAGUGAAGAUUUAUUUAAACGAGCAGCAGAUUUAAUGGUUUCUGAAGGAUUUUUGGAUGCCGGUUACGAGUACGUUAUUAUUGAUGAUUGUUGGUUAGCAAAUGAACGUGACGAGAAUGGACGUUUACAACCAGAUCCAGAACGAUUUCCCAGUGGUAUUAAAGCUUUAGCAGAUUAUGUUCAUAAAAAAGGAUUAAAAUUUGGUAUAUAUGAGGACUAUGGUACAAAAACUUGUGCUGGUUAUCCUGGUAUAUUAGGUCAUUUAGAAAUUGACGCAAAAACUUUUGCUGAUUGGGAAGUCGAUUAUGUAAAAAUUGACGGGUGUAAUGCGAAUAUUAGUACAUUUGCAGAGGGAUAUACAGCAUUUGGAAAAUAUUUAAAUGAAACGGGCCGCCCAAUUGUGUAUCAAUGCCAAUGGUCAACAUACGAAGAAAUUAAUGGUAUUCACAGUGAUUAUGCUGCGAUUUCGAAAACAUGCAACCUUUGGAGAAACUAUGGGGAUAUUCAAGAUAGUUGGGAUUCAUUAUUAGAUGUAUUAGACUUUUUUGGAAAGCAUCAAGAUCGUUUUAUUCCAUACGCUGGUCCAGGACAUUGGAACGAUCCAGAUAUGAUAAUAAUUGGAAAUUAUGGGCUCACGUACGAUCAAAGUCGUGCACAAAUGGCAUUAUGGACAAUCCUGUCGGCUCCAUUAUUGUUAUCAACAGAUUUAACUUCAAUUCGUCCUGCACAUAAAGAAAUAUUACUAAACAAAGAUAUAAUUGCAAUUAAUAAAGAUCCAUUGGCGAUACAAGGACGUCGUGUUUAUAAAGAGAAAAAAAUAGAAGUAUGGACACGUCCAAUUUCGCCAAUAAUUGAUGGAUAUUAUUCCUAUGCUAUUUGCAUAUUGAACCGAAAUCGGAAUGAAAUGCCAACAAAAGUUAACUUUACUUUAAGCGACUUAGGUCUGAAUGCUACGAAUUACAAUUUACAAGAUUUAUUCGAUCCAGAUAAAGAUCCAAUUAAUCCGGUAUCAGUGAUUCAAAUAUCUGUAAAUCCAUCGGGAGUGAAGUUUUACAAAGCAUAUCCUUUUGAAAUAAAUAAAUUAUUGUAA